CAGCCUGCUGAAGCGCUCCCGGGAGAGCGCCCCGCGGACCGAGGCGGGGGGCCGGCCUGCCCCGGUGGCCGCGCUCCCCCCGAGGAAUGCCCCCGGGGCGCCUUGCCCGAGCCGCGCGGAGCAGGGGGAACAGGUGCAAGGCUGCCGGGCCGGAGCACUGAGGCCGCAGCUCCACCUUCCUCGCCUUAUUUACGGCGCGGCCACAUGCCCGAGCUAAAAGCAGCAGCCAUUCAAAGCACGGCCCCGCCGCUGGAGGGGACCCGGGGCCGCGGCGGCCAGCCGGCAGCUGCCGUGCAUAAAAGUCAUGGGGCUGGGGGGCCGGCGGGAGCGCCAUGAAGGCCGGCGGGGGUGCCGCAUCCGACCCGGAGAGCGGCGGCGGCGGCGGCAGCAGCAGCGAGAGCAGCUCGGACAAGACCCUGCCCCCCGCCGGGGGCCCGGGCAAGCGCAAGCGGAAGAGCCCCCGGCUGAGCGGGCUGAGCAAGCAGCGGCAGGCGGCCAACGCCCGGGAGAGGGACCGGACCCACAGCGUCAACUCCGCCUUCAGCGCGCUCCGCACGCUCAUCCCCACCGAGCCCGCCGACCGCAAACUCUCCAAGAUCGAGACGCUGCGCCUGGCCGCCAGCUACAUCGCGCACCUGGCCAACGUGCUGCUCCUGCAGCAGGGCGAGGGGGCGGAGCAGCCUUGCCUGCAGUACCAGCCCCGCCUGCAGGGCGGCAGCACCGCCGCGGCUCCCCGGCCCAUCUGCACCUUCUGCCUCAGUAACCAGAGGAAGCUGAACAGAGAAGGGGAGAAAAACUUGUCUAUUUAAAGUUUAAGUGGACAUUGAAUCAGAUGAGAAGCUUGCACAAAUCUUGCACUGACUGUAGAACUGUUUUAGAUAACGUCUCUAUUCACAAUGUUUACACUGAAAUUAUGCAACAGUAAAAACUACUUUUUAAACUAUAAAAAACCCACUGCUGUGCACUUUGUUUUACAUUGUGACAGGUUGGUUCAUGGUGUUUUGCCAAUGAAACUGAACACUGUGGGGACAGUUGCACCUGGUGUGGCUGCUAUUUUAAUGCAAGAAAUGUUAACCUAAGCAGCCAAGCCCUGAUCUUGAUGGCUUCUCAACUUAUGUCACAUGAUGAAACUUGAGCUUUGAAACCACACAGCAUCUCCUGUCAAUGGAAGCUGUCAUAACAUGCCAUCCUCUAUGCCUUGAACCAGUAUUGGGCUGUACAGUUGUACACUCAUCUGUGUGAGAGAAAGUGGCAGCUGACAUGUUGAGGGUCUUUGAAAUUACACUGAGAUUAUUUUAAGGUGCUCACCCAAAAGCCAGGAUAAUCACAAUUAAAAGGGACAUGUGCCUAGGUGUAGGGUGAGCUGCAGUACAACAGAAUGCCUCUUAAAGAGACAGCUAUGAUGGGAGGAAGUCACUAUCUCAGUCAGUACCCAGGAAAGCUGAGAAGUGCUGUGCCAGGGAUGUAUUUUUCAUAAUACACAGUGUGUGCUGUGCCAGUCCUCUAAAUAGUGUGGGAUCUUUCUAAAUUUGUUCUUGUUAAGCCCACAGAAUAGGGAGGGUUUCCCCCGGGCUCUCUAAAUUUGUCAGCUAGGUUAUUCCCAAGUUGUGCCUUUACAUCACUGAUGUCAUUUAUCACUGUUAGUUUAUGAACUUGAAAACUUUAUUUGAAAUGGAGUCUAAAAAGCACAGGUCUGUCAUGGUUCCCAAUUUGGGCACAAUGAGACCUGAAAAAGCAGCUAAAAUAUUAAAUCUCCAUAUCCAGGUCAAUUUACAAUGGAUGGUUUAGAAAACGGUAAGUUUUACCCACUUUUUGAAUUUGGAUACAAGUUUUAGCACCCAGUCUCUGUGGGACUUAUUAAGCUUUUUUUAAAAAAAAAAAAAUCAGACAUUGCUAGUGAAGCACAGAAUGACUCCAAGGAGUCGGGGUUAACAGUCCCUAAAUAAGCAUCUCCUGCCCUCCUAAACAUUGUAUGUACCUUAAAAAUAUCAACUGUGUGUGUGUUAUAUACCUCCCCUAUGGAAUUUUAAAGCAAUAGAGUAAUUUAUGCCAUCCUGAGAAAGGCUUAUGUUUGCUGCACAGAAUAAUUGUCUUCCCACCACUACCAGGUCACCACUUCUCCUGGUUGGUUACACCCUCUUGUAGCACUCUGCUGUUAUGUCAAAGCCAAUAUGGUGGGAUAAGGAAAGGUAGGCUGUAGCUGUUGAGAUGUUUAUCGUGUAGUUGACUUUCCUUCACCUCACUCCCCACCCAACACAUACAGAGCAAAUUCUGCAGAUUUUUCCAAUAGACACACCAAAAAACAUAUAGGAGACCUCAUUACUUUGGUCUUGGAACUUUGAAUUCCUGAUGCUCCCCCCACCGGGCAUUUUUCAGUGCCACUUUAAGACACGUUCUGUUGUACCUACAGGAGCUGUAGGAAAUUUCUCCUCAAAGAGGCUGAUCCACAAAAUACUGAUUCCAAUGGGACUAUUCAUGUUCUUCAAGUUGCACACGUGCUUCAGUGCUUUCCGGAGUGAGGUCUGAAUUUCCUGCUUUUAGUACGCUGUUAUCUUUACUGCAUCCUUAGCACUCUUUCAGUGUAGUAAUUCAAACCGCUGCCAGAUUAACUUUUUUGCUUUGAUGUUGAUCAAUGUUUUCUGUAAAAUGGGACUUAUUCACAUUUUUAGACUGUACAUUUAUUUUUGAGUGCAGAUUUCUACAAAUAUGCCCUCCAAAGUUUUGCUUUGUUUUUCAAAUGGUUUUGUAAUUGCUUAAACUGGAUGUGUAAAUUUUUUAAAAUUUACAUUUUUAUAGUUUUGAAAGCAGAUCUUUAUUUUAGAUUGUACUGUAGAUUAUCUUGAAACAUGAUAAAACUAUAUCAAAUGUUAGCUCCUUUAACAGAAAUAAACAGAUUCACUUAUAUAACAGUUGUAUCUUCCAUUAGGAUACUGUAAGUGAUAAAAUGUUUAAAAAACUGCAAUUUCAAACACUCUUUUUUAAGGUUUGUUUUAUAUUACAAAUAUUUUCUAAUUGCAGAAAUUCAUAAAGAAGUUGAACAAAAUAGUAAUUUUGGACUUUCAUAAACAUCUUAACUAAUGUUCAUUUAAUUUUUAAUAGAAUCUCCUGGCAAAUGUAGCAUAUUUACAUUUAGUAUGAUUGCAUUUCAAGUUUUUAAAGGCAAUCAACAUUGAAAGGUGUGGUCCACUAUUUUUAAUGUAGUGUUAACUUAAAGCUUAUUACUUGAAGAAACUCAUGAACAAGUGAUUUGCACAGUGCUACAGUAUUUUUUAAAAUGGGAUCCCACAUCCAUGGUAUUUAUGUGCUAUGUGUCAAACUUAUGCUUCCAUUUAAGUCAAUGACAAAAUGGGAGCCCUCUGCUUAAAAAAAAAAAGGGGGGGGGGGCGUGGAAGGGACAUACUCCACACUGAAUAGGACUUAAUGUGGUAUUAAAUGCUGCAGUCCUUGAAGUGAACGGUUUUAGUGAGUAAGAGGACUGGGCCAAGGGUUUUGAUUAUUAAAUAUUAUUUGCAUUGUUGCAACACCUAUAGGUUCCAAUCUGACCCGCAGUGCAUUAGGCUCUGUGUUACAUAAACAGUACCUGCCCUCUAAAGCCUAUUCUGGUAAGAUUUCAUAGACACAGGCCCCGAUUCUGCAGACAGGUGUGAAUAACUUUAUGCAUGUGAGUACCAUUGAACUCAGUGGGGCAGAUGCUCAGCUGGUAUAAACUGUCAUAGUUCCAUUAAAGUUCUUUGACAAUUUGUUAACUGAGGAUCUUCCCCAGUGUCUCUACUCACAUGCAUACAUGCAUGCAGAACUGAGUUGUUAUUGAUAAACAGGUUCUCCGAUCAGCGUGAAAGAUCUGGAUGGUGGACAACGUAAUGACACUUAGUUUUCAAGAGACAUGUAUGAAUUUAACAAUUAGGAGUCACAACUGAGGAGUGAAAAUAAUUUAUUAGGAUGCUUACUGUAUUUACUCCAUAUGAACUUGUCUGUGUGCCUUAUCAAUUCUGUUUAAGUCAGUCACACAUUAUUUGUAGCAUGCACAGACUUGGAUGUCUAAAACUGAAUACUUUAAACUCACAUUUAGGCACCUACAUUAAAUUUUUUUCAAGGGGUGCUGAACACCCUCCACUCCCACUGAAAAUAUUGAUUUUCUAUAUAUAUAUUUGAGUAUAUUAUUCAUAAUUUAUUUAAGUGUACCUAAUUUAAACCCCGAUAAUUAUUUUCCCUGUGUCGACUUGGCUAUUCAAGUUUAGAUACAUCUGUUUUAUCCAGAGGCUCAUUGGUAAGACACAGAAGCCGAUCUCAAUCAGAUUUUAUUAAAUGAUCAUUUUAAAAAUUAAACCCCCAUACUCCACAUUAUCAUAGCCACUGAAUUUGUUGCAAACAUACAAAAAGUGCCCGCAAAAAGGACAAAUCAAAAUAUGAUUUGACUAGGUUUAUUAAACAAGUAUUUGACCAUACUAUUUGAUUACUUAUAAACUAAUCGGAAUGUAUGUCUGAAUGUUCUUUAAGGUGUUUGUUACUAUAUUUUAAAGUAGUUGUUCUUCAAGGAGAAGUGUUUCCUUUCUAAUUUGUACUUGAAAAAAAUCUAGCUUCUGUAUAAAAUCCACAUUUGUUUGCAAAAUGUGCUAUUUUGCUAAAAUAAACUUUUUAUAACUUGUAUAAACAAUAAAAUGUUAAAGUUCUGGAGGUAUGCAUCUUUUCUUUCUCUCUAGCAAUCUCAUUGUUGAAAAUAUGCACUGCUGAAUACUGUAUGUUAAAAGCAGAUAUUUCUUUGUACCUUUUAAAAGAUUCUGUAUGAUAAUCCUUGUAUAUUUAUUGCAAAUAGGAUUUAAAAAAAAAUUAAAAUUCUACAUUAGGGCCGGUAGAGGAUUUUCAUUAAUCAGUGUUUCUCAGACUUGCCAUGAGUCAAUAGUCGUAUGGUGCAGUCUCCCUUUACUUCCAACUGCUUAAAGUCAUAUUAAAAGAUUUUUUUAAAAAUAUUUUGCUAAUAUUUUUUUCACAUAAGCAAUUGCUUUUGUUGCCACAGGGAUGUUAUGCAAUCAUGAAUGGGAAGGUAUAUGCUUCAUGUGACAGCAAAUGAGAUGGCGAUCUCUUAACAAAAGAGAUAAAGCAUUCUCAGCCUAAGGGAGCUGAGCAGCUACGCAACAAAUGUCCAGAGGAGACCAGGCAAAUCUAGUCUUACUGUGUUUAGUGAAUGCUGCAAAACCUUUGGAAGACCCUGUCCGCCAUAGGAGUGACAUAUCACUAACAUCCCUUCUGCACUAAACCCCACCCAAUCAAAAAGAAAAUAAAAAACCCUACCCCCUAGCAGAGUUUUACAUUGAAAAGGGAGAAGUACAAUAGCUUCCUUGAAGUCCACUAGGGACUUCGCUUUGCUUUCAUGUGGAAGAUGCUCAGAUCCUUAGGUCAUGGGAAGCAUUACAAAACUCUAAGGAGUUAGUCCUUGAGACAAUUACCGCCUUCAUCCCCCUCCCCCCAAAACAAAACAAAAAAACGCUGAGACUCUCCUCCCCCUGCAUUAAACAAUUUCAAACUCAAUCAGACUUCAUGGAUUUGAAGUUUAUUCACAAAUCUCAGUCUUUCCAAAAUCACUGAGGUGGGCACCACUACUUUAAUUUUUUCAGUAAUAAUAAAAAUAACUAUACACGUUUGCUAAGUUCAUCUAACAGCGUCUGCUCUCAUUGUGGGUUCUGGUGUCAGAAUGAAGACAGGAAGGAUGGUCCAAGUACUUAAAAUGCUACCAUGGGCCAAAGGAGGCCCUGCUCUACCGCAGAUAUCCUGUGUGACCAUGGGAAAGUCACAGCCUCUCUAUGUCUUGAUUCCCUAUCUGUAAAAUGGGGAGAAUAGCAUUUACCUACCACCUCACAAGGGUGUUGAGAGGGUAAAUACAUUAAAGGUUAGGAACAGAGCUGGGAGGAAGCCAAAUAUUUGUU